GGGGAUUGGGGCUACGGGCUUUCCCAUGGCCAUAUGGAGGGCCUGGAGGCGUGGAUUCGCCGCCAUGGCCGAUGCGAAGCUGUGGCCUUCCAGGUCGGAAGCCGCGGAAGGGGCGCUUUUGCGGCCGAAAGCCUCCAGGGGGUGGAGGAGCUGUGCCGCCUGCCGGCCAAGCUGCUGAUCACAGAGGCGCGGGCGGCGGCUGGGCUUCCUUGGGGCGCACAGCUGCGUGAGGCGGCUGAGGAGUUCACCGGUGCUCCGGGGCUCUUGGUGCUCACCAGCUUUCUGCUGCACGAGGACGCGAAGAAACACGCGGCUUCAGAAUCGGCGUGUGACAGCUUCUACGCGCCUUACUACAGAGCCCUGCCAAAGGACCUCAACACCCCCAUGCUGUGGCCAGAGGCUUGGCAUCCAAACUGCAUCCGGGGCAGCCAUCUGGAGCGGCUCAUCAAGGCCAAGCGGCACAGCCUAGCGCUGGAGUUCACCCUUCUGCAAAGCCACCAUGAGAAGCCCAUUUCCUGGGAGGACUUUCUUUGGGCUCGCAGCAUAGUGGCCAGCCGUGCUUAUGCGCUGCCGGAGCUGCAUCGCUGCUUGGUGCCCUGGGCGGAUCUGCUGAACCAUGGGACUGCUGAGGAGGUAGCUGUCCGCUACACAUUCGAAGGGAACGCCGAUGAUGGCGAGUUCGUCAUGACGCUUUGCCGCCCUCUCGUUGCGAACGAGGAGCUGCUGCAGUCCUAUGGGCGGAAGCCCAACGCCUUGCUGCUGCUGGACUAUGGUUUUGUGCUGCCAUACGCCCACGCGGUGGUCUCCUUGCCGCUGCGCCCUCCAGCCAAAGAGGCCCAGCUGGCCCAGCACAUCUGGCGACGCCUGGGGGGCCGAGAUCGGGAGACGUCACUGGAGGUGGACUCGGCCAGUUGGACCAAGCUGCUGCCUCUUUGGCGGGCGGCGUCGCUGGAGGGUCGCGAGACUAUCCCUGAAGAAGCUGAAGUGCUGACGCAAAGGGUGAAAGAUGUUUGGGAGAUCUCGCUGGAAAUACGAGCAUUGAGAAGGUUUCAAGAAGCCUGCGAUGCCGCGCUGCAAAAGCUGCAGCCAGCAGAAGCCGGAGCCCCCGCCAAGGCCGAAUGGGAGAUCUUUGCUGAACGAUGCUGCACGCAGGUGGUGCAGGAAGAGAGGUCGCUUUUGAACUGGUUCAGCUGGCUUAUUGAAGCUGCUCUAAGCUGUUUAGAAGGGCCAAGACGUGACUGGCCCGGGCUGGACGGCCCGUCGGAGGUAACGGCAUAUCUUGGGCAGCUUCAAGCCAUGAGCGCCCCGCAUUCGUGAACAAAAGUUGCUGGUGCUCAGUCGGGAGU